AUGGGUGUGCAGAGAAGGAGUCAUCUCCAGUUCUUUGUGCUGACUGCUCUGCUGGCUGUGGGGGCCGCAGGAUCCAGAAAUCAGGACUGGCUUGGUGUCCCAAGACAACAUUUAUCUAAAGCCUGGAACAGGCGGCUGUACCCUGAGUGGACAGAGGUGCAGGGGCCUAACUGCUGGAGAGGUGGCCAGGUGGCCCUGAAGGUCAGUAAUGACGGGCCUACACUGCUUGGUGCAAAUGCCUCCUUUUCCAUCGUCCUGCGCUUCCCCGGAAGUCAAAAGGUGCUGCCAGAUGGGCAGGUUAUCUGGGCCAACACCACCAUCAUCAAUGGGAGCCAGGUGUGGGGAGGACAGCCAGUGUAUGCACAGGACCCUGAUGAUGCCUGCAUCUUCCCUGAUGGUAGACCCUGCCCGUCUGGUCCAAAGCCUCCGAGAAGAAGCUUUGUUUAUGUCUGGAAGAUCUGGGGACAAUACUGGCAAGUUCUGGGGGGCCCAGUGUCCAGGCUGAGCAUUGCAACAGGCCACGCAAGGCUGGGCACACACACCAUGGAAGUGACUGUCUACCACCGACGGGGGUCCCAGAGCUAUGUGCCCCUUGCUCACUCUACUUCAGCUUUCACCAUUACCGACCAGGUACCCUUCUCCGUGACUGUGUCACAGCUGCAGGCCUUGGACGGAGGGAACAAGCAUUUCCUAAGAAAUCAGCCUCUCAUCUUUGCCCUCCAACUCCAUGACCCCAGUGGCUACUUGGCCGAGGCUGACCUCUCUUACACAUGGGACUUUGGAGACAAUACCGGGACCCUGAUUUCUCGGGUGGCUGAGGUCACUCAUACUUAUCUGGAGUCGGGCUCAGUCACUGCUCAGGUGGUUCUACAGGCUGCCAUUCCUCUCACUUCCUGUGGCUCCUCCCCAGCCCCAGGCACCACAGAUGGCUCCAUGCCAACUGCAGAGACAUCUGGGACCACAUCCAGGCAAGGGACCACUACAAAAGUUGUGGGUACCACACCUGGCCAGAUGCCAACUACAGAGCCCUCUGGAACCACAGUUGUACAAAUGCCAACCGCAGAGGGCAUGGCUACUACCUCUGAGCAGAUGCUGACCUCAACGGUCAUAGAUACCACACCCGCAGAGAAGUCAACUGUAGCAGGUACCACACCCACAAGGCCCUCUGGAGCCACAGUCACACAAGCAGCAACCACAGAGUUGGUGAAAACUACCUCUGAAGAAUUACCCACCCGUGGGCCUGAGGGCCCGGAUGCCAGCCCACCUCUGCCUACCAUAAGCGCUACGGGGCCCAUCAACCCUCUACUGGAUGGCACAGACCCCUUAGUGCUUGUGAAGAGACAAGUCGCCCUGGAUUGUGUUCUGUAUCGAUAUGGCUCUUUUUCCCUCACCCUGGACAUUGUCCAGGGUAUUGAAAAUGCUGAGAUCCUGCAGGCUGUGCCAUCCAGCAAGGGGGAUGCCUUUGAGCUGACCGUGUCCUGCCAAGGCGGGCUACCCAAGGAAGCCUGUAUGGACAUUUCAUCGCCAGGGUGCCAGCCCCCUGCCCAGAGGCUGUGCCAACCUGUGCCGCCAAGCCCAGACUGCCAGCUGGUUCUGCACCAAGUACUGAAAGGUGGCUCAGGGACCUAUUGCCUCAAUGUGUCUCUGGCCGAUGCCAACAGUCUGGCGGUGGCCAGCACCCAACUUGUUGUUCCUGGUCAGGACGGUGGCCUUGGGCAGGCUCCCUUGCUUGUAAGUGUCUCACUGGUGCUGAUGGCUGUAGCCCUUGCAUCUCUGGUAUACAGGCACAGGCUUAAGAAGCGGGCCUCAGUUCCUCCUGUUUCCCAAGUGCCACACAGUAGCACCCACUGGCUGCGCCUGCCCCGGGUUUUCCAUGCUUGCCACGUUGGUGAGAACAGCCCGCUCCUCAGCGGGCAGCAGGUCUGAGU